GCCAUGGUCGUCCUCUGCGCCGUGGCCGAGGCCGCGCGCGUCGUGACGCCCGACGGUCCCGUCGUCGGCUUCGCCAAGGGUGGUUUUGACGCCUUCCUCGGGCUGCCCUUCGCCGCGCCGCCGGUCGGCGACCUGCGCUUCCGCGCCCCGCAGCGCCCGGCGAACUGGACGGCGGACCGGCCCGCGGUGACCAUGGGCGCCAGCUGCCUCCAGCCCGGGUCCCGCGCCGUCGGCGGCAGCAAGGGCUGGCCGUCCAUCGAUGUUGAUGAUAGUUCCGAGGACUGUCUUUUUGUUAACGUCUGGGCUCCGACGGACCGCUCCACGCCGCUCCCCGUGCUCGUCUACCUCCACAGCGGCGAGUUCCGCUACGGCUCGGCGAACGACGUCGAGAGCCGCUGGCCGUCCUUCGGCGCCGGCGGCGAUAGCGAACCCGUGAUUCUCGUCGCGGCGAACUCGCGGAUCGGGUUUCUCGGCUACGCCGCGCACGAGACCCUGGACGCGAACGCGGGCCUCCUCGACCAGACGUUCGCCCUCGAGUGGGUCCAGCGGACCAUCGGCGCCUUCGGCGGCGACCCGACGCGCGUGACCAUCUUCGGCGAGAGCUCCGGCGGCACGUGCGUCGGCUACCACGUUACAGCGGAACGGUCCAAGGGCCUGUUCGCGCGCGCCAUCCUCGAGUCGCCGGGCCUCACGCAGACGUCCUCCUACGCCGAC